AUGUUGAUCAUUUGUGGUUACCAGCUUCGCAAAACUCCAUUACAUGAGGCAGCAGGUGAAGGCCAUAAAGACAUUGUGAAGCUUCUGCUGCAGCAUGGAGCUGAUCUUAAUAUCACGGAUAAGGAUGGCAGAACUCCAUUACAUGAGGCAGCAUUGUGCAGUCAUGAAGACAUCGUAAAGCUUCUCCUGGAGCAUGGGGCUGAUCUUAAUAUCAAGGAUGAGUGUGGCAGAACACCAUUACAUGAGGCAGCAGAUAGAGGACAAGAAGACAUCUUGAAGCUUCUCUUGGAGAAUGGAGCUGAUCCUAAUAUCAGCAAUAUGGGGGGCAGAACACCAUUGCAUUGGGCAGCAUAUAAAGGCCAUGAAGACAUCGCGAAGCUUCUCCUGGAGCAUGGAGCUGAUCCUAAUAUCACCAAUGAGGUUGGCAUGACUCCUUUACAUGAGGCAGCAGAGGAAGGCAAUGGAGGCAUCGUGAAGCUUCUCCUGGAGCGUGGAGCUGAUCCUAAUAUCACUGAUGAGUGGGACAGAACAACAUUAUAUAGGACAGCGUAUGAAGGCCAUGAAGACAUAGUGAAGCUUCUCCUGGAGCAUGGAGCUGAUCCUAAUAUCACCAAUGAGUUUGGCAGUGCUCCUUUACAACAGGCAGCGUGUGGAAAACAUGAAGAUAUCGUAAAGCUUCUCCUAGAGCGUGGAGCUGAUCCUUAUAUCAGCGAUAUAUGGGGCAGAACUGCAUUACAUGAGGCAGCAGAUAAAGGCCAAGAAGACACCGUGAAACUUCUCCUGGAGCAUGGAGCUUAUCCUUAUAUCACGGAUAAGUGGGGGAGAACUGCAUUACAUGAGGCAGCAUAUAAAGGCCAUAAAGACAUCGUGAAGCUUCUCCUGGAGCAUGGAGCUGAUCCUUAUAUCACGGAUAAGUACAAAGAAACAGCAUAUGACAUGGCUGUAAAAAGAGGUCAUGAACACGUUAAGAUUGUGAUCCAUAGAUAUGCCUUGCCACCAAUACAGGCCCAUCUUCUUCGCGAGGUGAUUUUGGCAAUAAGUGAUCACGUGUCUCUCAAAGAUAUCCGUACGCUGGCACGUGCACAACUGGAAAUCCCAGACGCCAAGCUAGACAACAUAGAGUACGAGAACCAACGCCAUGCACAGGAGCAAUCCUUCCAGAUUCUGUGGCUGUGGAAAGAAAGGUCGGCUGGAGCAACAGCCCAUGACCUGUUCAAGGCUCUGAAGGACCAUCAGCUGAACGCAUGCCUGGGUUAG